UGACAGAGAAAGAUGAUGGUGAAUACCUCUGUGUUGUCCGCAACAAAUUUGGGGAUGAUUUUGUGCCCUUUAAGGUCAUCGUCCUGGCAAAACCUGCUAAAAUUGAGCAGAAGACAGAGCCUGAUAAGAAGGUGAUGUAUGGAGGAAACCUAAAAGUUGACUGUGUGGCCUCUGGACUACCCGACCCCAAAAUCCAGUGGGCACUGCCUGACGGCACCAUGAUCAACAGUGUCAUGAAGUCUGAACGUAAUGUUGGCAGUCGAAGUCGCAGGUAUGUUGUCUUUGACAAUGGAACCCUCUUCUUCAAUGAAGUAGGGAUGCGUGAAGAGGGCCACUAUACUUGUUAUGCUGAGAACCAGGUUGGAAAAGAUGAGAUGAAAGUGCAUGUAAAAGUAGUUGCAGAUGUCCCUGUGAUUGCUAAUAAGACAAAUGAUGUAAUCAGGGUCCUGUACGGAGAAUCCAUCUCUCUGCAAUGCAGUGCCAAGGGUGAGCCAACUCCUCUUAUAUUGUGGUUUUCACCCACGAAUAGAGCCAUAACUUCAGGUUCAGACAAAUAUUUUAUACACGAUAAUGGGACUCUAGUCAUUCAGAAAGUUCAGCGAUUCGAUGGUGGGAACUAUAUAUGUCUUGCCAGGAACAGUGCAGGGCAGGAUCGCAAAGUGACCAGAGUAGAAAUCCUUGUCUCUCCACCUGCGAUUAAUGGCCUCAUAGGUACCACAAAUUCAAUGAGGGUUUCUAGUGUGGGAGAUCAGCGGAAACUGAUUGACUGUGAAACCACUGGUACCCCUGUUCCACGUGUCAUGUGGGUUCUUCCAGAAAAUGUUGUACUCCCUGCACCAUAUUAUGGCAGUCGAAUGACAGUACAUCGCAAUGGCACUUUGGAUAUCCGUUCAGUGAGAAUGACCGAUGCAGGCCAGUUAGCCUGCGUUGCUCGUAAUGAGGGAGGCGAAACAAGGCUUGUUGUUCAGCUUGAUGUAACAGAUAUUUUAGAGAAGCCAAAACUUAAGAGUCCUAAAAUGGA